AUGGCUGCUAAGUAUAACGAUAAUUCUACAAAUUCUUCUAAAGUUUCUGAUGUGACAGUUGAAUUAUCAAGAAUGCUUCAUCUAAUCGAAGAAGAUAAAAACAUACCAUUUGUUUCUUUGGAAGAAGCUAUCAAUCCACUUGUUCCAUUUGUCCCAGAACUCGAACAGAUGAUUUUGAUAGUGAAAAAAAAUCAUAAUAUAGCAAAAGAUAGUUUAACAACUGAUGAAUCAAGUUCUAUUUUACUCUAUACCAUAAAAUGGAAGCCAAUAAAUAAAUCGUUCCGUGUCAUUCUUAACACUACAUUAGAAACAAGAAAUCAAACACUAUUGAAACCAUGGUUUCGUUAUCUGAAGUUAAUUAUGACUGCUUUAAAUAAACUACCAUCAAAUUCUACUCGUCUUACUGUUUAUCAUGCUGUAAAAUUGAAUUUAAUUGCACAAUAUCCUGUGGGAAGAAUAUUUGUAUGGUGGGGUUUUACAUUAUGUACAACAUCUCUUGACAUUCUCAACAAUGAACAUAUUUUAGGUCAAAAUGGAGCAAGAACAUUAUUUAUUAUUGAUAGUCAAUCUGGCAAAAGUAUUUGCAAACAUUCAUUUUAUUCUAAAGAACAAGAAGUAUUAAUUCCUGCUGCUUGUCGAUUUCAUGUAACAGGUUGCUUCGAUGCAGGCAAUGGAUUACAUAUCAUUCAUUUGAAGGAAAUGCAACCAAAACAUCAACUCAUUGCUCUUGUUCAACAAGUUUCGAAGAUUUUGCCGAAAAAAGUCUCCACAAUAGUUUGGUCAGAAAAAACAAAACCCGUUAUGCCACGGUCAUUAUCUAUAUCUCCACUACAGAAAAAAUCUUUCACUGAGAAUUUAGCAAAUAGAAGGAGCAUGAUAGAACCUAUUCAAAAACCAUUGGUUGAACCUACAAAGCCAAAACAUUUAAAUCUUUCACGAAUUCAAAUCGGUGAUCAAGAAGCAAAAGCUCUUGCCUAUGCACUUCAACAAAACAAAACGUUAAUUACAUUAGACCUACAACACAAUCUUAUUGGACCUCAAGGAGCACAAAGUCUUGCCAACGCUUUAAAAGAAAACACAACACUGACGACAAUAAGUCUCGAAAAUAAUCAAAUUAGUGAUCAAGGAGCACAAUAUUUUGCUAAUGCUUUGCUACAAAAUAAAACAUUAACCACACUUAAUCUUCGUUCGAAUCAAAUUAGACCACAAGGAAUACAAUAUCUUGCUAGUGCAUUACAACAAAAUCAAGUAAUUGUGCUUCUUUGA